AUAUGAUAGGAUGGAAUGGUCGUUUAUUGAAGCUGUGAUGCGUAAGAUGAGAUUCUCUGAGACAUGGAUUACUUGGAUUAUAAAGUGCAUUACGUCGGUCAAAUACAAAGUUCUCAUGAAUGGGCAGUCAAGAGGGAAUAUUGUUCCAGGUAGAAGCCUACGUCAAGGAGAUCAUUUGUCUCCUUUCAUUUUUAUUCUGUGCACGGAAGCGCUCGUUAGCCUUCUCAAUCAUGCAUAGAACCAAGGGAAGAUAACGAGGAUACAUAUUACACACGCAUGUCCUUCGGUAUCCCACCUUCUCUUUGCUGAUGAUAGCCUUUUCUUCUGUAAGGCAGAGCUCCGUGAAUGCGAAGAAGUAAUGAAAGUAGUCAGGAAAUAUGGUAAAGCAUCUGGCCAAUGUAUAAACUUUGACAAGUCUUCCUUACUCUUUGGUAAGAGGAUUAAUGCAGCCACCUGGCAAGAGGUUAAAGAUACACUUGGAAUACACAAUGAUGGAGGGAUGGGAAAGUAUUUGGAGAUCCCAUAAGAUAUUAGUGGCUCUAAAUGUAAACUUUUUGCAUUUCUAAAGGAUAAUCUGAUGCAUAGAGUCAAUGGAUGGACUGGUCGAUGGCUCUCAAAAGGGAGAAAGGAAGUAAUGAUCAAAUCCAUUUUACUCGCUCUUCCGACAUACGUUAUGUCGACGUUUCUGCUCCCAUUGGAGAUCUGUGAAAACCUCGCUAGUGCCAUUGCACAAUUUUGGUGGAGCUCGAAUUCACCAAAAAGAGGAAUACACUGGGCGAAAUGGGAAAAGGUUUGUUUACCAAAAGAGGAGGGCGGUAUUGGUUUCCAUUUAAUUCAUGAGUUCAAUCUAGCACUACUAGCAAAAAAAUUAUGGAGACUGGUCCAAUACCCUGAAUCACUGGUUGCCCGAGUAUUAAGGGGGAGAUAUUAUAGGAUGACCUCGCCAUUGAGAGCGAUCUCUACUAGCAGCCCAUCAUAUGUGUGGACAAGCAUCUCCGCAGCAAGGAAGCUUUUACUGCUACGGAUCAGACAGAAGAUUCACUCUGGCUAUGACGUCAGGGUGUGGGAGGAUCCGUGGAUUCCAACAACACAUGCUAGACCAGCUAGACCUAUAGCGCCUGUGAUGCACCUAAACAUGAGAGUCAGUGACAUCAUUAAUCAGGAAUCAAAGGAGUGGGAUGUAGGACUACUAGAUGAUUAUGUCCAUCCUGAUGAUAUACCACUCAUUCGCAGCAUGGCCAUAAGCUCUACUCAUCGUCGAGAUACUUUCUGCUGGAACUACACGAGGAAUGGCCAAUACACAGUCAAAUCUGGAUACUAGGUUGCUCAGAACCUGUUGAAGCAAGAAGAGGAAAAGGAAAUAUUAGAGCCAAGUAUCACUAAACUUCAAGCCUUUGCUUGGAAGUUACAAGCACCAAGGAAGAUGUGCCAUCUUAUAUGGCAAUUGAUAACGGGUCAGGUAGCAGUAACGAGGAAUCUAGUAAGGCGUAAUAUGAGGUUCGAUAAUUAUUGUCCAAGGUGUGGGGAAAUAGAGGAAUCUGUAACUCAUGCAAUAUUUGAAUGCCCUCCAGCCUUGCAAGUAUGGUCUUUAUCGGCAACUCCUACAAGUCCAGGUUUAUUCCCAGUGGCAAGCGUCUACACAAACAUGGACUAUCUUUUCUGGAGGAAAAAUAAUAUCAUUGCACCAGACCAAGAAAGGGAUCCUUAUCCCUGGAUAAUAUGGUAUAUUUGGAAGGCUCACAAUGAUAAGCUUUUCAGGGGUAUAGACAGAGACCCUUUAGAACUCGUUCGAUACGCAGAGAGUGAAUGUCAAGCCUGGUUUAACGCGAAUGAGACGAUACCACCACACGUCCAGGCCACCAAUAAUGAUGCAAACCAAGUCUUAAGCUUGGGUAAUAUCUGCCUACUAGAUGGAUCUUGGACAGCUUCUGAUCGCUUUAGUGGAUGUGGAUGGGUCUGGAUGGAUAGUAGGGAGGACAUACAACUUAUGGGAACACGAAACUUCACUCGAUGUGAAUCAGCGCUGCAUUCGGAGGUAGAAGCGCUGCGAUGGGCGAUGGAGAACAUGCUUCAACACUCGCCGUGCCAGAGCUUUGGAACUGACUGCAAGGAGCUGAUUGCAAUGAUAAAUGAACCCCAGGAGUGGCCAAGAUUUGCGAGAGAGCUGGAGAAGAUAGAGACGCUGCAGAUUUGUUUUCCGGAUUUCAAAAUCACCCAUGUACCACGAGUGCGCAAUCAGCUUCCUGAUUUUUUAGCUAAGACUGCUAGGAGCUUUCAGAGAGAGUUACUUUUCAUUGGUUGUUCUACUCCGGUCUGGUUACCCAGACCACCUCAAGCUUGAGUAAUAGAAUGGCCGUUCGACGUCCAAAAAAAAAAACGAGUUGAAAAAGGUUUUUAAUGGAUAUUCAGAUUGCAUAAUAUCAGAUAAUAAAUUUUGUUUUAUGCGGAAAAGGAAGCUAUAAAGUAUAAUAAACUUCAUAUGAAAUAAUGUAAAAAAACCUUUUCAAAAGUUAGAUUAUUUGUUCACUCUAUGAUAAAGUAAAAGUAGGUUUACUCUAUAUGUAGAAUAAUUUAUUUAAUUUUUUGUUCAUCAAUUUAUUUUUUACUCUAAAAUGGAAUACCAUAUAGCAAACAUUACAAAAAAAAAUGGUUUUGAUAAAAGCAGUAGAGGAUAACGUUUUUUCUUUUAUACUAUGGUUGACAUAGCCCUUAAUUUUAGAUAGUGUUUGUAUAUUUGGAAACGCUGUGAUAGAGUGAUAUAUUCGAAAACGCUAUGAAACAUAUAUUUAAUAGCAAAACAUAAUGAAAUGCUAUAUUUAGCUUUUUGAAUCCCUAAACCCUAAACAAGAUUUUAAUUACUAAACUCAAAACAUAACUUAAAACUUUAAUAUUUUCAUACUAUAAACCAUUGGAGAUGGUCUAAAUUGGUCAUGCAAUGCAUAAAAUAUCACUACUUUGAUGUUACUAGUGGGGUCGGUUUGACAUUAUGGAUGAAAACAUGGUAAACAAAUGGCUCAAGAUAAACAUACCAACCAAUAAUUAACUUAACCUACUUCCACAUGGCUAAAUCUAAUGUAUUAGAAUCAUACAUACUACUAACUUCCGUUGUAUAUGAGAUCUAAACAUGCAACAAAAUGAUGUUCGACAAGUUCACAAAACUAUCUAACAUCAACUUCAAUUGGUUAAGAGUAUUUUGCUCAUCUAAGUUCGUUCAGAUAUUUAAUCGUAAACUUUCAGUGCAUUAAACAACCUAUGAGUAAGGAACGAUGUGAUCAUUCCAAUUCAAGCAUAAGAACAACUUAGAUGAAAAAAUCGAUAGAUAUUUUCUAUUUUAAAAAUCACAAUCAUCAAUCUAUGAGUUCCUUUGAAACCCUUAACGUAACUAAUGCACUACUCAUGCAUGUAAAUAAAAACACAGAAAGAUGAUAUAUAAUUCAUAAUGUAUUUAGAAAUAAAAAACAAGGGUUCAUAAAUCUUCUCCAAAGGUACAUAUUCAUGUCCCCAUAUAUCCAAAACCAAUAAGGUUGAUGAAAAAUAAAGGUAGCCCUACAAUACUACCUACAAAUGACUGAAAAUAACAUAUAUAUGUCUAAUUUAUUCUUGAUAAAAUUGGAGGCUAAAAUUAACUGAAAAUAUAGACAACCAAAAUUUUCCUUUUUUUCUCUCGAAUUGAACCGGCAGAUAGAGACCAGUCAUCCGUAAAAUGCGCAGGGCAUUCAAUAUAAUCGAUCUCACACUGGUGGAAGUGAGAAUCUAACUCAAUUUAAUAUCUUGUAUCAAAAUUUGAGCUGAACCAAACUGUGGGAAGUCUUCCAUAUCCAAAACUAAACUUCGUAUGCAUAUACAAAAUUCUGGAUCUUUAACAGCACAUUUGCACCCAAAUUCGACAUUUUCUACUCCAAGUGGACCUAAGACCUGAAAAUGUUUGAUAAAAUUAUUUAAGAUCCAUUCCAACUAUCGAUAUGGGAGACCUACUCUCUAAUACGCUCAAUCAAGAUGAUGACUUUUUAAGCGUCGAUCUCAGAAUGUUCAGAAAAUGAUCAAUGGGCCAACUUUGGGUUGGAUCGAUGAGGAUCGGGUUGGAUUGUGUGGAUCAGAGUAUGAUACCAUGUUAAACUAAAUGAGCUUCCAACCUAAAACCAAUUGGUGAUAAGUGGAUUGGUCCAUCUAUAUCCUAUACAUUACUAAGGAUCCCUACCAACGACCGAAGUGGGAGACUUAGUCUCUAAUAUUGUUAAGCUAGAUGUGCUCCAACCUAAAACCAAUUUGUCAUAAAUGAAUUAGUCUGUAUGUCUUAUAUAUUACUUAGGAUCCCUUCCAACUACCAAUGUGGGUGUCUUUGUCUAUAAUAGUAUCAAGGCAGGAUGGAAACAAAACAAAAGAGAUGACUAACCAACACACCUUUGACCAGCCAUUGACAAUUUGUAGAAACUCAUGAUUCUUCCCCUUAACCAGGUUUUGGAUCCUCAAAAUACUUGCCUCUGGAGAUCAUGAGUGGCCACCAGAUCCAUAACAGCAAGACCAUCAAUAAUGUCUAAACUCCGAAAACCUCCAUGGAAAACACAUGAGCUAAAUAAAAACAAAGUAAAACAAGAAAGGAGACCCUCUCCGGUGCCAUUGAGGAGCGACAUACACUGAGAGCACAGAGAAUUGACUGAUAAGAGACUAUUAGAGAGAAUAUGAUGAACUAUGACUAGUAAACAUAGUUACGUUGAACCUAAAGAAAAUCAUAUAGAAAAAACAUCUACCGAGUGUCAAUUCUGUAUUUAACAAUAUAGUAUUUGACUGUUCGACCAUUAGAACCAUAAACUUUUAUGCAAAUAAAAGAAUUAACAUGAGAAAGUUUUUAUUUGGUAAGGAAACUUCGUAGGUGAACCAACACAAUCUAAAUAACACAUGAUAACAUCCAAAUUAUUAGUAGGUUCUAACUAGUAAAUUUAUUAAUUUCAGUAAUGUUUUUGAUAUACAAAAAUGUUCUAGGACUAAAUUAUAGUUACCCAAAGGAUGUUGGUGUUUAUCAAGUUAUAGUUACCCAAAUAAAUAAAUCUAUGUUACUUCCUGUGGCAUAUUGAUAGGUUUUUUUUGUAUGUCUGUAAAGACACUUUCCCCGCAUAAACUCUUGAAAACUCAAGCACAAACAACAUAACUCUUCUUCCUCUCAUCAUAUUUGCCCUAAUCCGAUCAGAUAUCCCUGCAUUAAGUGUAUCAUGUCUCAGUAAUAAAUUCAAAUCCAGAAACUCUAUGACAUAAAAGGGAGUUGUGUAAACACACUGAGAUAAAAUUUGUGCACAUGAGUUAACUUUAAGAUGAAUUUAAUCUCAUAUGUGCUUUUUGGGAAAAUCUCAAAGGAAGGUUAUCAAAAUAAGAUGCCAUUGAAUGCUAGGGGUACUCUUUCCCAAAUACGGAUGCCGAGAUUCUACCACAAUGCUUAUGGAGGUUCUAUUCUAUUGUAGUUCUUCAGCCUAGAGGAUAGAUAUCUACUAAUAAUAUUAUACUAGGAAUAGAAAUCAUAAACUGGAAACAACUAUGAACCUAAACAAAUUUCAUGCCAAGAUCCCACCCUUUUCCCUCUCACCAAACCCAUUAUCGUAUAUACCAUUGUAUUGUUCCGUUCAAACUACAAAGCAUUACAUUCAGCAUAAAAUUUGACCAGAAACUAACAGAUGGGGGUUCGUUUGACAUGAAUACAUGAUGGAUGAAUAAUAUGGUAAACAAAUGCCUCAGGAUAAAAUACAAAUUUUUUUAAACAUCAAGGACACGAGUCAUGACAUUAUGACUCUAUGCAACUUACAUUUCAUCAACUCCCAUCUCUCCAUUUUAACGAAUCUAAUCUUCCAAGCUACUCAAACUCAAUGGAGAGAUCACCACGAUUACACAGAAACAAUCUAACAACUACAAUGAAAAAAAAAGCAUCUGUUUAUUUACCUUAAAACUGAUUCUCUCCAUUUUAUUAGAUCGUUUGUUCCUCCUCGAUUCGCGCUCGUUGUCCAUCGAUAGAUCUUCGUUUAUCUGCUCUUGCUCCAAGAUCUGACCGUAACCGACGCGGAUUCUACCACCGGUGAGAGAAGAAGGCGCGAAAGGACCGAUGAGGGCGGAGAUUGAGAGCCUUAAGAGGAGCGAUUUGGUAGGCUCUGAUUCAAAGUAGAAGAAGGAGAGUGAUAAAACGAGGAGAGAGAUAGCGACAGACACUGAGAUGAAGAUCUUGUUAGGUGGUUUAGGAUCGUUUUCCUCCGCCGUGCGAGAAGAGGAAGGACGAGAUCGGAAUACGAAUCUAGGCCUGUCUUCGUCGUAAAACUCCAUUGCUCUCCUCUGAUGUGUCUGUACUCUUGUUUGUGUAGAAGAAGCUGAAAGUCUGAAACAAAUGCUGAAAAAUAAUAGUGGGCCUUUUUAUUAUCAUGGGCUUUUGUGUACUGUAAAGCCAAUAUAUUUGGAUGAAGUAAAUUGAUUGCGUGGAUCGGGCUUUGAUAUCGUGUGAAGUUAGAUGAACUUUUAACCUAAAACAAAUUGGUGAUAUGGGGGACCAAUCUUAAAUAUUACUUAACAUCUUUUCCAAUUACCGAUAUGGGAGACCAAGUCUCUAGUAUGUCCCAUCAAGAUGAUGGCUUUUUAACCGUCGAUCUCAGAAUGUUCAGAAAAUGAUCAAUAGGCCAGCUUUGGGUUGGAUCGAUAAUUACUUUUGGGGAUGAUUAUAGAUAUUUGUUUACUUUAGAAACUUUUUUAAUAGAAUCAUUUGGAUAUAAAUUUCUAUCAGCAAUAAAAUCUAUCUGAAUAAAUAUUUUUGACCUAAACUCUUAUAUCUCUCAAAACAAUAUAUUUUUAAAAUCAAAAUAUUAAUUUUCAAGUGAAUAUUUUUGGAAUAUUAUUAUAUAUUAGUUUGGUACAUCCUAUAGGAAAAGAUGAUGAAUAUGUUUUAUAUAUUGAACGUAUUAAUGUACAGAUGUGACAAUAUAUAUAGUACAAUGGAAACUUGCCGAACCUUGCAGAGAAUAUACAGAACAUCAUUCUUGUGCUUGACACAUUUACACCAGCCUUAAAAGCUUAAUCAUCCAUACACAUUGAACUUAUUGUGCCUAUCUCCUUAUGAAAUCUUAGAAUAUGAUUUCAAGGAAAACUUAGCUAAUUCAGAGAAUAUGAUCCAAGGGCAUAUGACUAUCCCCUUAUGAAAUCUGGACGUAUAUGGUGUACAAACUUCUUUAAGAUUGGUUCAUGUUGUGUGGGCACCUAAAGAUAGAGAAAGGAAGAAAACAAUAUUGUGGUCUAUGUGGUGAGGAAUUCCACAAUUCAAGAAAGUCUCCUCAAGAGGUAUGAUACAUGUUUUUAGUGUUGAAAACCUACUGUUGUCGUUGUUGGUUACAA